AUGAAUACUUUAGCAGAACUUCUACUGGUAGAGUUUAUACUGGCAGAACUUCUACUGGUAGAGUUUAUACUGGCAGAACUUCUACUGGUAGAGUUUAUACUGGCAGAACUUCUACUGGCAGAACUUCUACUGUUUCCCUCAAAAUUGAAUACUUUAGCAGAACUUCUACUGGUAGAGUUUAUACUGGCAGAACUUCUACUGGUAGAGUUUAUACUGGCAGAACUUCUACUGGCAGAACUUCUACUAGUAAAGUUUCUACUGGUAGAACUUCUACUGGCAGAACUUCUACUGGUUAUAUAUGGUGUCAAUUUUUUAAAAAUUUUUGAAUUCAAUGAGUUAUAUCAAAAAUAA